AUUGGCGCUCAUGAUGAAGUUGGUGAAGGUUUCCAUCUUUAAUAGUGAAUCCAUUAUCUUUCCAGAUUCAACAAACAGCCUCUCUGUCUCCGACGGGCGAAGUGAAUCAAUCAAUUGAAUCUCCAAGUGACGCAGAUUGAGAGAGAGAGAGAGAGAGAGAGAGAGAAUCGAAGAUGAACAGGCAAAUCUCUCCGCCAUUCUUGAUGAUUAUGAUGACGAUGACGAUGAUGAUGAUGGUCCAGGCAGAUCUGAGUAGAGCGACUUCUUCAGAGAAGGUCAACGGCAGCUUCACCACCGCGUGCGGCCACGGAUCCUUCGACUGCGUUGUCGGCGACGACCUGGAGAUGGAGUUUCCGGUAGAUUCGCGAGUAGCCAGAAUGCUAUACGAUAUCAGUCAGUCGACGACCUCAAGAACAAGUAAUGCGAAUCAGGCUUCUGUGAACUGUCCUCAAAAUCAAGGUUAUCGGAGCUGCCUUCCGUCGUCAAACGGAGGUGCUCCCAGACAACGCUGCGGCGACUACACUAGAAGUUGCUGAUGAUGAGAAAAAAAAAAAAUCGCCGAUCGACCUACUUGUAAUAAAUUGCUUAUGUUUUGUUCAAUGAUUAAUCGUGAUGCGAAUCUGCAGUUUGUUUGAUUUCUGUUUUCUGCUCCUAGCUGCUUUGUUUUGAUCCGUAUAUGUAAUUGUAAGAAUAAGUAUGAAUUCGAUGUGAAGUUGAGUUACUGAGCAGGCAAUAAAUGUUAAACUUAUAUAUCAAAA